AUGAAUUUGACUGAUAGGUGUUGGGUCGAAGGCUGUUUAUCACUAACCGGCCCCACCCCUGCAAACUACUGUUCACUUAAAAUUUGUAAAUUUGUAGUCAUAAGAGAUAUCGUCCACCCGGUCUGUGGGGCAGAUCUGGCCAUGUGCAAACGAUAUCGUCCACCCGGUCUGUGGGGCAGAUCUGGCCAUGUGCAAACGGUUGCUUACGGGCUCCUUGGGCAUGCUUCUCUUCGCAGAACUUUCGAUCGUCGUGCUGUACUCCGCUUGAGUGAUGGCACCACCGUCACAUAUGAUAUUUUCGAACCGACCAUUAAACAUAAGAGUGGUCUCGAUCUCACCUUAGCUCUUACUCCGGGUAUUGCCAACAGUAGCGAGAGCAAUUACAUCCGAACAUGUGUGCAUUAUGCUCAGGAACGAGGGUUAGGCUACAUUUCCUUCUCUUUUCAAAUUUUAGGGUAAAC